AUGGAACCUCUUCUUAAAAAACAACGUAUUACGAAUAUUAAAUGCCAGCAUAUUUUAAGUAGUGAUGAUGAUUCAUGUCAAUCUAAUCAUUGUGAAAAUGAUUCAUCUCUAUUAUGUUCACAUUGUAAUCUUCAGUUGUGUUUUACACAUCUUUCCAAACAUAAUCAACUUGUUCAACAUGAAUUUAAAAUCUUAAUAGAUGAAGCAAAUGAAAUAAAUUUAAUAAUUAAUGAAUUAGAACUUGUUGACAAUCGUCAAGAAUUAUAUGCUCAAUUAGAUCAAUGGUUCGAAAGACAAAAAAAAUUGUAUGAAGAAAAACAAAUAAAAAUUAAUGACGCCUAUAUUGAAAUGUGUGAACAAUUUGAACAACGAAAAAAACAAUUUUCAAAACAAAUAUUAGAUUAUGUAACAGUGAAAAGAGAAGAAAUUAAAUCUAAAGAAGAAUAUCAUACAAUCUUAAUGGAUGAAUUAAAAAAAGAUAUUAAAAAAUCAAAAAUUAAAUUUGAUAAACAAUUUGAACAAUUAAAAGUGACAUCAUUAACGGCAAAAGUAACAUUGACAAUUCGAGAUUUAACUCAAAUUGAUCAAAUUACAAUUAAAAAACCGGAAAUUGAAAUGAAUUAUGCCCAACAAUUUCAUGUUAAUGAUUUAGAACGUAUUUUAAAUACACCAGUACCCGAUAAACAAUUUCAAACAGAGAAUUUGACAACAAAAUUUCAUCUUAUGGGUGCAUCAGAAGAAUAUUUAUUGAUUGCAACUGAAAAAAAUGAUAAAUUGAUUAUGUUCAAUCAAGAACAAAAAAUUAAUGAAGUCGAAUGGAAUUAUGUUCAAGAUGGAUAUAUAAAAGGUAUACAUAUCGAGUCGAAGUAG